ACUCACUGCAACUGCAAUUGAAAGUUGUUCGUUUAGCAGUCGCAGGAACCUGCAACUAAACGCUGCGAUCAAUCGCUGUGAUCCGCGACUGAAAUUUGUGAUCGCAGGAUUCGUCGUCGGAGGCAAAAGAGAACCUUUCUCCGAUUCGUCGCAUGCUUUCUCCGAUUCGUCACAGUACAAACUCCACCGGAACUUCCUCUUUCUUUUCCGGAAUCAUCACUCCAAGCCGAAGAUCCAUCACCGGAAACCUCUACUCCUCCUCCAGCCAAAGUCGAAAAGAAUGAGAUUCAGAGUUUAACCUCGGAACACAUCAACAACUCCAAGCUAGUUCCUACUCAUAUCUUAAUAAGCCCUUCUUCUUUCCAAGAUUCUAAAGAAAGAAGUCCAUCUUCUAUAUCAGGAGACCAAUCAGAGUAUGAUUUUCUCAGAGCUACUUCAGACUGUGGAGUUUGACAAACCUAGAGCUACUUCAGCAGGCUUUGAGGCUCUUCUACUAGGUUGCUGAAUUCUCGAUAUUGAAUCCAUCAUGGAAGACGACGAUAGUUACGUUGAGUAUGUUUCAGUGGCGGAGCGGAGAGCAAUGGAAGCGCAGAAGAUACUUCAACGGAAGGGAAAAGCUUCGGAAUUGGAGGAAGAAGCUGACAAGGAAAAGCUCGCUGAAGCUAAACCUAGUUUACUCGUUCAAGCAACUCAGCUCAAGCGAGAUGUUCCUCAAGUUAGUGCUACUGAGCAAAUCAUCUUACAAGAGAAAGAGAUGAUGGAGCAUUUAUCUGAUAAGAAGACGCUUAUGUCUGUUCGUGAAUUGGCCAAAGGUAUCACUUAUACAGAGCCUCUCUUAACCGGGUGGAAACCUCCUUUGCAUAUUAGGAGGAUGUCGAAUAAGCAGAGAGAUUUGAUUAGGAAGCAAUGGCAUAUUAUUGUUAAUGGUGAUGAUAUUCCUCCUCCUAUCAAGAACUUUAAGGAUAUGAAGUUUCCUAGACCUGUUCUUGAUACCCUUAAGGAGAAAGGAAUUGUGCAGCCUACUCCUAUUCAAGUUCAGGGUCUUCCUGUGAUUUUGGCUGGGAGGGAUAUGAUUGGGAUUGCGUUUACUGGUUCUGGAAAGACUUUGGUUUUCGUGCUUCCCAUGAUCAUGAUUGCUCUCCAAGAAGAGAUGAUGAUGCCUAUUGCUGCGGGAGAAGGUCCCAUUGGGCUUAUUGUUUGCCCUUCUAGAGAGCUUGCUAGGCAGACUUAUGAAGUGGUUGAGCAGUUUGUGGCUCCUUUGGUCGAGGCUGGAUACCCGCCAUUGAGGUCGUUGCUAUGUAUUGGUGGAAUUGAUAUGAGAUCCCAGUUGGAGGUUGUCAAGAGAGGUGUCCACAUCGUUGUUGCAACCCCUGGGAGGUUAAAGGAUAUGCUCGCCAAGAAAAAGAUGAGCUUAGAUGCUUGCAGGUACCUGACACUAGAUGAGGCAGAUAGGUUGGUUGAUUUGGGUUUCGAAGAUGACAUAAGGGAAGUCUUUGACCACUUUAAGUCUCAACGUCAAACACUUUUGUUUUCAGCCACAAUGCCCACAAAGAUUCAAAUCUUUGCCAGAAGUGCUCUGGUGAAACCUGUGACUGUUAAUGUAGGAAGAGCUGGAGCUGCGAAUCUCGAUGUGAUCCAGGAGGUAGAAUAUGUCAAACAAGAAGCAAAGAUUGUUUACCUCCUCGAGUGUCUACAGAAAACAUCUCCACCGGUUUUAAUAUUCUGUGAGAACAAAGCUGAUGUUGAUGAUAUUCACGAGUACUUGUUACUGAAAGGAGUGGAAGCAGUGGCCAUCCAUGGAGGGAAAGAUCAAGAAGACAGAGAGUACGCAAUCUCUUCGUUUAAAGCUGGGAAAAAAGAUGUGUUGGUCGCGACUGAUGUUGCUUCAAAGGGUCUAGAUUUCCCUGAUAUACAACACGUAAUCAACUACGACAUGCCAGCAGAGAUUGAGAACUAUGUGCAUAGGAUAGGACGAACAGGUCGGUGUGGGAAAACUGGGAUAGCAACUACAUUUAUAAACAAGAACCAAAGCGAAACCACGCUGCUCGAUUUGAAACACUUGUUGCAAGAAGCUAAACAGAGGAUUCCACCUGUCCUUGCUGAACUGAAUGAUCCAAUGGAAGAAGCAGAGACCAUUGCGAAUGCAAGUGGUGUCAAGGGUUGUGCGUAUUGUGGUGGUCUUGGACAUCGUAUUCGAGACUGUCCAAAACUUGAGCACCAGAAGAGUGUGGCCAUAUCUAACUCUAGAAAAGACUAUUUUGGCUCUGGUGGCUAUAGAGGAGAAAUAUAAUCUUGUAUUCCAAUCUUGUUUUGAUCCCUUUGCAAGUUAUCUCAUCUUAGCUGUUACUUGUGAUGUUAAUUUAUGUUCCAUCUUGUCUUGAACUAAAUUCUGACUAUAUUUCUUAGUUAAAAUAUAUGGUCGGAUUCUUGAACUUAAAUUAUGUACUCUCAUUGCAUCCCUAUGCAAUAAUGGUUGCUUUUGCUUA